AUGGAGGAAACUCAUAUUAUUGACCCAGACGGCGAAGUGGUCAUUAUCGUGCAUAAUCCCAAUGCACCUUUCGCGGUCUGGAAGGAUGACAGUGCUCAAGUUGAAGAGCCUGCGAAUUCCGAAGAAUCAGAGAAAGUAGCUGAGAAGGUGGGCCCCGUCUUGACACUGACGUUUGAUGGCCGCUCUGUUGCUUCGAGUGACGAGCCUGUCAACGGGUCUGUCGAAGGGGAGGACGGCAUACCUUGUAAAGUCGACGUCCAUAUUCAAGUGUCAGCAAAACACUUAAUGCUGGCCUCUCCCGUGUUCAAGAGACCCCUGACUGGCAAAUGGAAGGAAGGUUCAACUUUUGUUGGAACCGGAUCAGUCGAGAUUACCACUGAGGGCUGGGAUGUUGAGGCUUUCUUGAUUCUCCUUCGAAUUCUUCAUUGCCAGCACCACAAACUCCCAAAGAGGGUGAGCCUCGAGCUCGCUGCUAAGAUCGCUGUUCUCGCAGACUACUAUGAAUGCAACGAUCUCGUGGGGUUCAUCCGUGAUGCGUGGAUUACCUGUCUGCGGGAAGAACUUCCAGAUAUGUACUCACGGAACUUGAUUUUGUGGCUAUGGAUUUCUUGGUACUUCAAUAUGCCCAUGAAGUUCAAGAAGGCGACCUCGAUUGCCAUGUCGCAGAGCAAAGAUGAGAUCAAUGCACUGGAGUUGCCGAUUCCAGCGCGCAUCAUUUACGAGAUGAACCAGAAAAGACAACAGGCUAUAUGCAAGGUGAUUCUUCAACUUCAGCAAGAACGUGAUGCGUUCUUGACAGGAAUUAAAGGUUGCAACUUCGAGUGUAGGCCCAUCAUGCUUGGUUCUCUCACGGGGCAAAUGCACAAAAAGGGUCUACUUGAGUCAGAGGUCAAAUUCUAUUACAAGGGUUGCAAUGUCACAGACUUGACCAAAUCCGUCCAGUCAUUUGUUGCCCCGAAGUGGAGGGACAGCUACCAGCCAGGGUAUGCCAAUCACAAAUGCCCCCACAGUUCGUUUUCUCUGUUGGAGGGUUCAUACGAUACGGUAAUAGGUCUCAAACUUGGACGCCUUCGUGUCAGUUGA